AUGGGGCCAGAUGGCGUGCAUCCCAGGAUUCAGAAGGAGCUGGCUGAGGUGGUUGUCGAGCCACUCUCCAUCAUAUUUGAAAAGUUGUGUCUGUCAGGUGAGGUCCCAGAUGACUGGAGGAAGGAUCACGUCACUCCCAUUUAUAAGAAAGGGAGCAAGGAGGACCUGGGGAGCUACAGGCCGGCUCCAGUUCAACUCCACCUUCCAGCCGUGAUCAUCUCAGCUGCAGGAGAGCAGCAGAUGGCCAUAGCACAUCCAUCUCAGGAGCCCGUGAGCUUUGUGGAGGUGGCCGUGUAUUUCAGCAGGGAGGAGUGGGCGCUGCUGGACCCUGCGCAGCGAGCGCUGUACCGGGACGUGAUGCUGGAGACGUACCAGUGCGUGGCCUCGCUGGCUCCACUUCCAGCUCCCAAACCCGUGCUGAUCUCCCUGCUUGAAGGAGGGGAAGAGCCCUGGAUCCCAGAUGUGCGUAGCCCUGAGGCCGUGCCAGGAGACCUCAGCCCAGCAGGAACUGGGAUUGCAGAUACGCUGGAGGACCUGGAGGAAAGUGGUGUGGCCGAAAGGCGGUGGGGUGGUGUUUGUGUGGAAGAAAUGAGAAGGGAUGUCCAAGGAGUCCUGGAGCAAGGUCAGGGUGAGCAGAUCAUGGAGCCACUGGGAAAGGGUCUGGGAAAGACAGGGAGGAGCCCGUUGGACUUCAACCUAGGUCAAAGAGUGCCUGAAGAACCCAGGAACAAGAAUGUGUGCCAGCAGAAAAAGCAGAAUGCAUGCACUGAGUGUGGAAAUAGCUUUGAAAAAGAUUCCAGCAUCGUUAACCACCAGUGCAUACACUCAUCAAUGACCGCAAACAAGUCCUCUGAUUGUGGGAAGAGCUUCAAGAGGUGUUCUGCAUUGAAGCUUCACAAGCACAGACACACAGGCCAGAGGCCAUUUCAGUGUCCUGAGUGUGGGAAGAGCUUCAGAUGCAGUUCUGAAUUGCAGCUGCACCAGCGCUUCCACACAGGGGAGAGACCCUACCAGUGCUCUGACUGUGGGAAGAGCUACACAAUCAGCUCUGGUUUAAAGAGGCACCAGCGCAUCCACACAGGUGAAAAAGCCUACAAGUGCUCUGAGUGUGGGAAGUGCUUCACAAUCAGUUCUGAUUUAAAGAGGCACCAGCGCAUCCACACCGGGGAGAGACCUUACAAAUGUCUUGAGUGUCAGAAGAGCUUCAGAAGCAGUUCUGAAUUGAACUUGCACCAUCGCAUCCACACAGUUGAAAAACCCUACACGUGCUUUGAGUGUGGGAAGGGCUUCAAGAGGUGUUUUGAAUUGAAGCUGCACAAGCGCAUACACACAGGAGAGAAACCAUUUCAGUGUCCCGAGUGUGGGAAGAGCUUCAAAAGCAGUUCUGAAUUGAAGCUGCACCAGCGCUUCCACAGAGGUGAAAAACCCUAUAAGUGCUUCGAGUGUGGGAAGAGCUUCGGAAGCCAUUCUAAUUUAAAGAGGCACCAGCGCACCCACACAGGGGAGAGACCUUACAGAUGUCCUGAGUGUGAGAAGAGCUUCAGAAGCAGUUCUUCGUUUAAGUCGCACCACCGCAUCCACACAGGUGAAAAACCCUACAAGUGCUCUGAGUGUGGGAAGAGCUUCAAAAGCAGUUCUGAAUUGAAGCUGCACAAGCGCAUACACACAGGAGAGAAACCGUUUCAGUGUCCUGAGUGUGGGAAGAGCUUCAAAAGCAGUUCUGAACUGAAAUGCCACCAGAGCAUCCACACAGGAGAGAGACCUUUUCAGUGUCCUGAGUGCAAGAAGAGCUUUAAAAGAAGGUCUAAUCUCAACACCCACAAGCACAUCCACAGUGCAUGCAGGCUGUAGAAGAAUCACAACAUAUGGGGAACCUUCAAAAGCAAUUCCAUCCUCAUUACCUACCAACACAGCCACACAAGAUACAGAGCCUGCAGAGCUCCAAAGGUGAGAAGAGCUACAGUCAGAGCCACAGCAUGGUGACCACCUGUGGCUUUGUGUGGUGAUGAACUUUACAAAUCUCUUGAGUAGAGGAAGAGCUCUGCGGCCAAACUCAAUCCUCUUUCUCUUUCGUUGCAUGAGAAUUAUGCAUAUUGCUGUCCUCCAGCUGCAGUUUCUGUGUUGGGUGGCCAUGCAAAGGAAAAUCCGGAGUGGGAUGUGUCACAGCCAUGUAUGGGAAGAGCUUUUGCCAGGGGAUCCUCUCAGAGCAUUGACCCUAGAAAUGCCUGCACUGCAGGAAGAGCUCAUCCCGAGCUCAGUCGUCAUUAAACAUUGUCCAGUCUGUAUGAUAAAGAGGCCCUGCAAGUGUCUCUGGUGCAGGAAGUUUCUCUGGGCUGGCACUUCCUUUCUCAUGGGGAAACCCCCUGCAGAGAGACCUUAAGAAUUUUGGUGAGCCCAAGGAUGAGGGAGACCCAGAUGCUUUUCCCCACACAGGAGGAGUUUGCAAAGGAGAUGGCAUCACUGGCACCCUCUGCAGAAUGGAUUUCACCCAGGAGCUUCAGAUGGCCUCUCCUUGCUACCCAAAUCCUGCUUUCCUCUUCUGUUCUUCCUGCCAGCAGCUUUUUGAUGCCGUUUCCUAAGGAGAGGUGUCUGUGUGGGGAUGUUCUGUGUGUCUGUGUGCAUGUGUUGCUCUCAGUAAUCUGUGAGUGCGCUGAUGAAUAUGAGGGAAGGGUCAGGAGAGCAGUAACGUGGCUCUUGGAGAUUUUCUGAGAAUCAUCUGUAGAGGAAAGGGAAGGGGGUCAAUAAAGUAGCUGAGUUGUUCUGGAGCUUUCUUCACUGUCUUCUUUUUGUUCUCAAAAUAAAUGUCAGCACGUGGAAUGAGG